AUGGGUGAAGGGCUUAUGAUUCGACAGCGUUUGGGUCGUGCGUUGUUACUGUGGCUGAUGACUUUUCAACUUGCGUUUCUUCCUUCCAAGCAACAAAACUCUCCUGGCUAUUUGGGUUGCUUUCUGGACGUUAAUGGUGAUCGCGCUCUAUCCGUUGGUCCUGCAGAAGAAUACAUGUCAGUAGAGUGGUGUUUUAGGCACUGUUUGGAACCUACAGCAUACAAAUACGCUGGACUACAAUACGCACACGAAUGCUGGUGUGGGGAUAACGAGGACUACGACAGACACGGGGAACAAUCCGAUUGUCGUGAUAAGUGCACAGGAAACAGCGACCAGAUCUGUGGAGACAGUUGGCGCAUAUCCGUGUACAGAGUAUCACAAGGAGUAUGCAGUAACGACAUAGGACCACCCACCAACGGACACCACGACAUCACCAACCCGCGUUCACUGUCUUACAAUCUCAACAACUUCAAGUUCUUCGGGACUCGUGUAGAUUUCUCCUGUGACCCUGGAUACAACCUCCAUGGAGCUUCAAAAAUUGAAUGCAUUGAGACUGGCUACAACAACGUCACGUGGAGUGACUCGGUACCGACAUGUGAAGUUCCUUCAAUUCAAACAACAUUGCAAAGCAAAGUCACUGACUCACUGAUGACGAUUGGGAACUCAAAGACCGAUGAGAUGCCCUCUUCAACGGACUUUAUCAGCGAGACACCCGCGAACAACAACCCAAACACUGGAGUGCUCCAGAAAGGAGCAAUCGUCGGAAUAGCUGUUGGAGCAGGAAUACUAACUGUACUGAUACUGUUAGUGAUUCUUCUCUGCAAGAAAAGAAGAAAACCAAAGAAGAAGAGACCAGAUGUUACCGUGGCAACAAUCGGAGACAGGUACACAAACAACGCCUACGCACUACCGGAGAUCGUGAACCAGUCGAUCACGGACCAAUCAACGAUGCCCGUUUACAGUCGGGUCAUCAAGGACAGGACCGAUUCUGAUGACGUGUACGCUACUCCUGACGACAUCACAAGCCCCGGGGGUGACGGGAACGCGCCUAGCGACCAAGCAAAAGGCGUGACUGCAUCACGUGAUCAGGAGAAUGGGUGGGUUGAAAACACGCUGUACGCGUGCGAAUCAUUCCCAGCCGAGCCUGCGCCGGCGAGAGUCAAAUAUUCAGACGGACAAACAAACAGUGGACCACCGCUGAAAAUGGAAGGAAAACCUGGAUGGGUUGAAAAUAACAUCUACGAGUAAAAAAGCUCAAUUGGAAACAUCUCGCAAGAUGCAGACCAACGAAUUCGUGUUCAUGCAUGAGUCGCGUGAUUGUGCCAUGUAAUUUCUGAAAGGAGUAGAUUUCUGCUGUAAUAGUAAAACAUCAGGUUUUUGACCUCAGUGACCCCAUGAUGACAUUGGACCCUAGUUUGGUCAUGUGACAUGUUUGGGCUGGGCUACUUAUUCUGUUGACAAAGUUUGGUUGAAAUCGGUCAAAAUAUGUAGGAGCAAUAUCAACGUUGAAUUUAACUAACGGUCUAACGGAGAGACAUUACGUUGAGCUGCUAUCCCGCAGCUAAAAAUGUUGACCCACUGUAGAAGGGCUGUUAUACUUCUAGUCAAAUGAUUGACAAUUAGUAGCCCUGAACAAAAAAUGCAAAUGAAUCUUGACUUGGCGUCGAGAGAUGUACAUUUUAAUGUACAUUGUGUAAUUUUAAAUUUGGGGGAAAAAAUGACUUUUUUCCUUCAUCGAUGUCGUUUCAAAAGUGCCGUCUUUCAAAGAGCUUGCCAGAAAAGAACAAGAAUUAACUAAUGUAAAAUAAUCAAACUAUUACACAGACAAAAAUAUGAUUUACUCAUGACUGUUCAGAUAUUUACACAGUGUAAUAUACUGGGAUCUGCACUAGUACUAAAAAAAAUAUGGGUAAGAGAAAAGAUGACGGAUAACUAUUAUGAAAAUUCCAAUGAUAUCAAAAUGCAACAAAUAGCGACUGUCAAUGUGUUUUCUCUUGUUAUUAUACCGAGUUGUAAACUACUGUUCAAUCCAAGUAUGAACUAGUGCCUGGUGAUUGCUGGAGUGGUUCAAUCUGAAAUUAAUACACAGACCAAAAUAUAAUUAGUGUAAAAUAAGUAUAAGUCAAAAGGAAUGCUCUGUACUAAAAAAAAUUGAAUUAUUAA